ACAACACAAAAGAAAAGAAAAAGAGAGGAAAAGAAAAGAAAAGAAAAGAAAAAAAUGGCUUCAUCAAGCAAUUCUCUUGGGCUGAAACUGAGUCUUAAACCAACUUAUGUGCCCAAAACCAUCACUGAUCUCAUGAAAGAUCUCCUAAAUAUCGAGAAUGAAACUGAUAAGUUAGCUGUGUUGAGCGAUUAUAUCAGUCAACAUGAAGAAGAACUCAACAGCAUUGCUGCUUUGAGAGGUCAACUUCCUCAAUGCAUGCUGCUGUUAAUGGAGGCACUCGGAACACUGAGACAGGAGUUUCUGAAGAUAAAAAAUGGGAUGGUAGCUGGUAAAGAAGGUGAUAAUAUUGAUAUGGUUUUGAAGGAGAAUUCUGGAAUGAAGAGGAAACGUUGUGAAAAAAUGCUAGAAGCUGAACAAGUUCCAAACCUAAAGUGUGAUUUCAAAGGCAAGGGUGUGAUGAUGAACUCAUCUCCUCCUCAUCACCCAUCCAACCAUAAGCACCCCAAAGCAUUCAGAGACUUUGUUCAGGCCCCAAAUCAGAAUCCGAACAGCAAUGGUGGAGGUGGGUUGAACCUGAGGGCUGAUAAUCGAACCCUUCUGAAUUAUAAGCACAAGCCACUGACUCAACCAAUUUGGAAGAACAACAGGCGAUCUUGGUCGCCCCAGCUUCAUGCAAGGUUUGUGGAGACCUUGCAUAUCCUUGGAGGCAUGUAUGAGGCGACUCCUAAGCAAAUCAGAGAGAUGAUGAACGUUGAUGGCCUCACUAAUGAUCAAGUGAAGAGCCACCUUCAGAAAUAUCGACUUCACAGCCGCAAGCAGCAGGAGGGUUGCGCACAGCAGGUGGCGAAAGGUGAAGAUCCAUGGGACCCAGAUAGGGAUGGCGGUGAGCCUAUGGCACCGGCAAACUAAGCUGCAUGCAGGCUAUCUUAUAAGGAGUACUCUUAUUUUGGUUUUAAUUAAUGGAGUGUUGAAGAACUUUUUGUGUUUUAGUUUUACAGACAUUAUAGAGCAUGGUUAGAUGUUCAUAAACUCUUAUGGUGUGAAGAACUUAUGAGUACUCCUUGGGUUUAAAUAAAUGUUUUUGCUAUAUUGCAAACUUUAUCAAUA